AUGAGGAAUGAGCACUACAGUAGCAACAUGGUGAUUCAAUCACCUGACUCUCCCCAGUCUGAUACUAACGACAACAACGACCAAUUCCAACCCAUCCAUGACCACGGUCGUUCGUUUUCUGUCUCUCUGGACUCGGAAAAACCACCAUCAAGUCAUACCCCCGCUGCUGGGAGACGCUCACUUGAUUUACGAGAACGUAACGGUUAUAUUGUUCUAAACGAAGACGACUGCUAUGAUCAAUUGGGAUUUUGCUUCCCAAGAUGGAAAAAAUGGAUGAUCAUCUCGGUCAUCUUCCUGGUACAGACCUCGAUGAACUUCAAUACCAGUUUGUAUUCGAAUGCCAUCGGCGGUAUUUCAGACGAAUUCGGUGUCAGCCUCCAAGCUGCACGUUGUGGUGCUAUGGUCUACCUAGUGACUUAUGCCUUCGGCUGUGAGCUGUGGGCACCCUGGAGUGAGGAGUUGGGACGCAAGCCGAUUUUACAACUCAGCAUGCUCCUCACGAAUAUUUGGCAAAUCCCUGUUGCUCUUGCACCCAACUUUGCGACUAUUAUGGUUGGGAGGGCAUUUGGUGGUAUCAGUCUGGCUGGCGGAUCAGUCACACUGGGAAUGGUAGCAGACCUGUGGGAGCCAGAGCAGCAGCACUACGCAGUAGCGUGUGUGGUAUUUUCAUCAGUAGGUGGUUCGGUCCUAGGGCCUGUGGUCGGUGGCUUUGUUGAGGCCUUCCAGCCUUGGCCUUGGGCUAUGUGGAUCCAGUUGAUAUUUGGCGGGUUUGUUCAAAUUUGCCAUCUACUGCUUGUUCCUGAAACCCGGACUACUAUCAUGAUCGACAACUACGCCAGGAAACAGCGCAAGGCGACUGGGCUCAAGAUAUGUGGACCUGAUGAAUUUCAACCGUUCAAAGAACGUUUUUCUUUGAGACAAAUUCUGAUCACCUGGAUUCGCCCUUUCAAGAUGCUGAUAACAGAGCCAAUUGUGUUGACCCUGUCUCUUCUCAGUGGCUUCAGCGAUGCCCUAAUCUUCAUGUUUAUCCAAUCCUUUAGCCUGGUCUACAAGCAAUGGGGCUUCAGUACUGUUGCUAUCGGCCUUUCCUUCAUCCCUAUCUUAGUGGGUUAUAUCAUUGCAUGGCUCAGCAUGUACCCAGUACUGCACAGGAAUUCCACAAAGAGAAAGAUGAAUCCUAAUGAUGAACAUGCGCAAUAUGAAUCCCGGCUCUGGUGGCUGCUCUACACUGCCCCAUGUCUCCCCAUUGGCCUGAUUGGCUUUGCAUGGACGAGUCUAGGGCCUCCAGUCCACUGGAUAGGAAGCAUGGUGUUCGCAGCUAUUGUUGGCAUUGCGAACUAUACCAUUUAUAUGACAACCAUCGACUACAUGAUCUGCGCCUACGGUCCCUAUUCAGCUUCCGCUACCGGUGGAAAUGGCUUCGCAAGAGACAUACUAGCUGGUGCUCUCACUAUACCGGCCACCCCAUUCUUCAGCAAUAUUGGUGCACCGGAUCGUAAUCUUGAAUACGCAUCUACCAUCCUCUUCUGCAUAUCCUGUCUCCUUGUGGUCUCCGUCUAUGUGAUCUAUUGGAAAGGACCGGUGAUGCGCAAAAGCUCACCGUUCGCCCAGCAGCUGUCCUAUGCUCGGCAGGAAAAUGCCAGCCGUCGCGCUUCCAUGAUCUACUCCAGAUCGGCGCCCCACUCUCGCAGACCAAGUGAUACAGCACACACCGGUGUUGGCGAAUGA